AUGUUUUUCGUCCCCUACGCCGCCAAGAAUACUGCCCAGGCCCCCGCGCCCACCUGCCGCAGCGCCAUUGCGUCGACGACCAACAAGAGAUCGUUCUCGUCCGACGUCGGCUCGGCUUCGACUGGCUUCGGUGACGGUAGCGUUGAUGAUGCUGCUGCCGCUGCUGCUGCUAUCAUCCCUAAUGCCGGUCUACACCCUGAGAUAGAAGUGCCCGGGUAUGUGUGUGCCGCCUUCCCAUGGGACUCGCCGAAGACCGUUCAUGCGUAA